AUGAGCAAUCCGGAGCCUCCACCAUCACAACAGGCCCUCCAGGAUAUUGAAAGUUUUGCUGAGUCAAUACAACGGAAGCCUCCACCGGCACAGGAGAACCAGGAUACUGAAAGGAAAAUCAAAAUGCCUACGAUUACAGAACGGCGGAGGAACUUGCAAGAUAUCGCAAAAGAAGAAUGGGAAAGUGUGAAAGAAUUCUACAAAAAAUACCCUGAUUGCCUGCUGGACACACUAAAUACCGGCGGAGAUACAGUAUUUCAUAUAGCAAUGCACAGCAAGACGAAGAAACGAUUUGUAGAUCUAAAAGAAAUUGCCCAGUCUUGCUCAAUGGGCAAUGAUUUAUUCUUUAAGAGGAAUCGAAAUGGAAACACAAUUCUUCAUGAGGCAGCAGCCACUGGAAACACUGAAGUAAUGGAAAUCAUAUUGAAUGACCAUUCCGAGCCAAUCAAGCUAAUUGAGAUAAAAAAUAUUUUGGGCGAGAACCCAAUAUUUACAGCAGCUGCAUUUGGCCAGAAAGAAAUAGUCAAGUUGUUAACUAAAUUUAAUUAUGGAGAAAAUGCCGACAAUGGAAUGAUUUUAGCACAAUCUAUAAUAAGAUUUGAUGAUGAAAAAUCUAUUCUUCAAGUUGCCAUUGAAGGAGAACACCUUGGUUUUGCGCUCUAUCUCCAUCUUUUUCUCUUAAAUAAUGGAUACAUGAAUCAGAUGUUCGAUUCACAAUUUGAUUAUAAUUUAUUUUACCUUCCAAUGCAUGCAGACACCGCUUUGCUGUUGCUGAAACUUUAUGAAUCACUUUGGCGGUUGGAGGAUAAUGAAUCACUUUGGCGGUUGGAGAAUGAUGAACGACCUUGGCUGUUGAAGGACACAUAUGGCAGGACUACUCUUGACGCUCUCGCUAAUAUGCCGUCCGCUUUCAAGAGUGGACACACCAUGGGCGUUUUUGAAACCUUAUUAUACAAAUGCCUUCCUGUUCAUGACGAGACUGAGACCGAAGUUAGUGACAUACUUGGACAGUCUUCAAUGCGGGAGCAGGAUUUGGAGAUGGAGGGGAGCGCCGUGACUACUGAAAUAGCAAUUGAACAUAAAGUUCUAAAAGAAAACAAUCACAAUCAAUCAAUCUGGAAAUUCAUGAAAGGCUGGCCGAUGGUGGGAAAAAUCUGGAAAGAAAAGAGAAAGCACACAUUUGCUUUGAAACUUGCCAGAUCGCUAAUUAAAUUAACUGAUCCAAAGCGUUGUCAAACGCUUUUAUUUACUGCUACUGAGAUGGGAAUAGUGGAGAUCGUUCGUGCAACAAUCGAGGAAUAUCCUCAGGUUAUUGAUCAGCUAAAUGGCAAGCUACAGAACAUAUUGCAUGUGGCCGUAUUGCACCGACGCAAAGAAAUUUUCGACAAGUUAAGAGGAUAUAUGGGCGAAAUACAGUGGAAGAGGAUGACUGAAGCAUUUGCCGGUUAUUUUUAUACCUUGUUGCACCAAGUUGCGUCCACUGAAUUCUACACCGGAGGCACGAGGCCUGGUCCUGCACUUCAAUUGCAAGAAGAGUUAAUGUGGUUUGAGCGCGUGAAGAGGAUAGUUCCCUCUCAUUAUGUCAUGCAACGAGUAACUUAUGGAGAAGAACAGUUGACUGCAAAAGAGAUGUUUAAAAGAACGCACGAAGCACAACUCAAAGAGGCGCGGGAAUGGAUAAAAGAAACCUCUCAGGCGUGCUUUACUGUUGCUGCUCUAGUUGUCGCUGUGGUUUUUGCUGCUGUCUUCACCAUACCAGGAGGUUUGAAUGAUAAGGGGUCUCCCGUUUUCCGCGAUUCUCCUUAUUUCUUGCUCUUCACUAUCAUGGAUGUUAUUUCCUUGGUUUUCUCUUUGAGCACGAUUUUGGCUUUCCUCUCUAUUCACACUUAUCCGCUUGAAUUCGAUGAUUUCCGUCACUCCAUCCCUCACAAGCUUGUUCUUGGUUUCACUUUGCUCACGCUAUCGAUGAUUUCAACCAUGCUUGCAUUCGGAGCCACCAUAUUACUAAUCAUUCGUACGGAUAAACAAUGGACGACAAUUCUCAUUUAUGUUCUUGUUUUCUUUCCUGUCUCACUAUUUGUACUCUUGCAAGCCCGUUUGUAUUGGGUACUGAUGAUAGAACUUUUUCAUGCAAUAAGGAGGCUAUUUUCUGGGCUAGGCUUCCUCUCUAAAUCUAGCAAGAGAAAGUAGCAUUGAGAUUUAUUUUUCUUUUGGUUAAAUAAUAUUGUCGUAAAUUUGAAAUCUGAAAAUUUUAGAAUCCAAUUAAAUUAAAUUUUAUUUUGUCAA